AUGGCCGAGAAGACCAUUCCGAGCGAUGCUAUUGAGGUGGAGGUGCGCAUUGAACCUGAUGAACACCAGUCAGACUCAGAGGAUGAGCCACAACUGGGAAAUCCACUUAGCACUGGGACAUCAUUAGCUUCCACAGUGUUCAACUACAGGAAGAGCUAUAAAAUACCUAGAAGGGGAUAUGGAUAUCAUGGACUGAAAGACGGGGCAUACCUUUUGCCAAAUGACAGAAGAGAGCAAGAUCGCAUGGACUUGCAACACUUUAUCUACUGUCCGGUAUUAGACGGUCGACUGUAUUGCGCUCCGCUGAAGCGGGAUCCCGGACGAGAGCUUGAUCUAGGCACAGGAACGGGGAGUUGGGCGGUUGAGUUUGCUGAUCAACAUCCCACAACAGAAGUUCUCGGUUCGUGUUUUGAAAGAGAUCCGCCACUUCCACUCCAUCCCCAUCUCCAUCUCUGGAGAUAUUCCAACAUCAAGGAAAAAGAAGAGAAGAACAACCCAACUAAGCCCCAUCCAAUGCCCCUCCACCCCACCCCACAAAACUGCACUUUCGAUAUCGACGACUUCGAAACAGAAUGGACCUACCCCACCAAACCACAAACAGGGCUCUACGACUACAUCCACGCACGCGAAAUCACCGGCUCAAUCCAAGACUACCCCAACCCUUCGCACAGGCAUACCGCCAUCUAG